GCGGCGUGCGGCUCGGCCGGACGGUGCGCGCGGCCCGGCGAGUUUGUCGGUCACUGCGGACCCGCGACAAGGCCCAGGCCUGCCCACAGGUCGCAGGAGGAGGCCCGCCCUGUGAACUGGCUUCCUGCGGAAGUUGGAUUUGGGGAACUGAAGUGGUCUAAAAUGGCCUAAAGAGGACGUCAGGCUUACUUUGAGAGGCCCUUUAUUACGAAGCCACCCUCUCCUUUCAUCUCCUGACUUCACUUGUAGCCUUUCUGAGGUAGAAAUCUUGAACGCUCUAAAAACUCUUACAAUGCCUCUUCCUAGCAAAGAUCUAGGCACAGUUGAGAAUAAAAUAUUUUAGUGGUCUAAGGAGUUCUUUAAGGGUCUUUUUAAUUUUCCUGACUAAAAUGUCGUGUUAAAUACCAUUACGCUUUGCAAGGCUUUUGUACACAUCUGCAAAUGCCUUACCCGCUUUUGAAUGCUGUGUAAGCAAGUGAAUUAACCAUACUUGCCAUUGAUCCAUUUUCAUUAUACAAACAACAGAGCAGUACCAGGCUCUGGGCAAGGGGUUAAUAGUCCCUGGGAGGGUGACUCCAGAGACGAAACCCAGCCCUGCUCUCCUGAAUGAACAGUUAAUCAAUUGCUACUUUAAGAAAAAUGGCCCUGGCAGCCCAACAAAUACCCAGAUGGUUCAACUCAAUUAAAUCAAGUAGCUUCAUUAAUACUACACAACUUACAAAACGUUUUACAAGACCAGGAAAAACAUUGUUGCCUGGCUUUUCUGCUCAGCCUCAGAUGUCCUCUGACAAUUACUUUCUCCAGUGGGGGUUUAGGAGUUAUCAGACUUCCUCCUUAUGGAAUAGUUCCCAACAGACCAACUCAAAUAAUCAAGGGAAUUAUCCUGCCCAAAGCACUCUGCUUCCUUCCAUGAGUGAACAGUCACAGAAGGCACAAAAGAUACCCAACUUUGAUUCUGAGCUGUCUUUAGAAGGACUGGAUGACUUGCCUCCAUUAUCACCACUGCAGCCAGUUUCUGAGGAGGAGGCUAUUCAGAUUAUUGCAGACCCUCCAUUGCCCCCAGGUUCAUUCACACUCCGAGACUAUGUAGAUCAUUCUGAGACUCUGCAGAAGUUAGUGCUUUUAGGAGUGGAUCUGUCCAAGAUAGAAAAACAUCCAGAUGCAGCCAACCUCCUUCUAAGACUGGAUUUUGAAAAAGAUGUAAAGCAAAUACUCUUCUUUCUUAAAGAUUUGGGUAUAGAGGAUAACUAUCUGGGAACAUUCCUAACUAAAAAUUAUGCUAUUUUCUCUGAAGACCUUGAAGAUCUUAAGACCAGGGUAGCUUAUCUACGGUCAAAAAAUUUCAGUAAAGCAGAUGUUGCACAGAUGGUCAGAAAUGCGCCAUUUUUGCUGAAUUUUUCAGUAGAAAGACUGGAUAACAGAUUGGGAUUUUUUCAGAAAGAACUUGAACUUAGUGUGAAGAAGACUAGAGACCUCGUCGUUCGUCUCCCAAGGCUACUAACUGGAAGUCUGGAGCCUGUGAAGGAAAAUAUGAAGGUUUAUCGUCUUGAACUUGGUUUUAAACAUAAUGAAAUUCAGCAUAUGAUCACCAGAAUCCCAAAGAUAUUAACUGCAAAUAAAAGGAAACUUACUGAGAUCUUUGAUUAUUUGCACAAUGUGAUGAAUAUUCCCCACCAUAUCAUUGUCAAGUUCCCACAGGUAUUUAAUACAAGGCUGUUUAAAGUCAAAGAAAGACACUUGUUUCUCACCUACUUAGGAAGAGCACAGUAUGAUCCAGAAAAGCCUAACUACAUCUCUUUGGACAAAUUAGUAUCUAUUCCUGAUGAAAUAUUUUGUGAAGAGCUUGCCAAUGCAUCAGUACAGGACUUUGAAAAAUUCUUAAAAACUCUCUAGUUUUUAAUGAAUAUUAAAAUUUAAUAUUUCAAAGUCAAUGUUUAUAUGAAUAUGUAUUUUUAAAU